AUGGGGGCCGCAAUAGCACAACGCCACAAGCACAGACUCAGCCUACAGACACACAGUCGGGCAGGGCCCUCUAUCAGAGCCACAUCAUACCUACCACACCAGAUGCCGGCCUACACUCAGACACUCCACCCUCGCAUCACCGGACUGGGAGAACCGCAGCUCACAUUACAGCAGCAGCAGAUGGCACAAGGGGAGCCUCUACAAGGCAUCGGAUGA